GGCCGGCUCCCGCUCAACGCUCAUUUCGCUCGGGCAAGAUGGCUGUGCCAGUGAGUGUAUUGCGGGGUUUACGGUGUGUCUCCCUCCCUUUUAAACCGGCCGGUCACGGUCACGGUCACGGGGCUCUUUUGGGAUUAUCUCUGCGCACGAUCGGGGUGUGCAGGCCGGGUUUAGCCGGGGACAGACCCGGGAGGGCUUACAGCUCCCGGAGCAGCCUGUACGACCAUGCCCGGGAGGGGUAUAGCGACAGACCGGAUUUGGAUAUGCAGUAUGUGUGCAGCCGUGUGGAAGAGGUGAUCAGAAACGUGGAGCUCCGAAAAGGGGAGCUCGGGAAGGAGGACGUGCUGGAAACAGUGUCCUCGUGGCAGGAGCUCCAGUCAGUACAGUCCGAUAUUGCCAGGCUGGAGCUGCAGAAGCGAGAUGUCAGUGAGCGAGUGAAGGCUCUUGUGGAGCGUCAUGACAAAAACCUUCUCCCGACACUCCCGGAGUACCAGGUCCUGCGGACGGAGGGGAAGUCGAUUCGGCAGCGUUUGAACCAGCUGUACCCCCGAGAGACUGAGCUGGACAAGCGAUUCUACACGCGGGCGCUGAGACUGCCCAACCGGACACACCCAAACACUCCAAUCGGAGACGAGAGCCAGGCGCGGCUGGUCGAGACAGUCGGACAGAAGGCUGAUUUCGACUUUAAGAUUAAAGGCCAUUUGGAAAUUGGAGAGGACCUGGAUAUAAUCAGACAAAGGCGUCUGGCUCAUGUUUCAGGUCACAGGUCCUAUUACCUGCGGGGGGCUGGUGCUCAGCUGCAAUACGCCCUGCAGAGCUUCGUACUGGACAAGCUGCUCAGAAAGGGCUUUAUUUCAAUGGCAGUGCCAGACAUGCUCAAGGGAGCUGUGUUUGAAGGCUGCGGGAUGCAGCCCCACUCUCGCUCCUCCCAGGUCUAUGCUCUCGACUCCUCCAGAUUCCCUGACCUCAACCUGGCCGGCACAGGGGAGGUUGGCAUUGCAGGAUAUUUUAUGGACCAUGCAGUGAACAUCAAGGACUUGCCAGUCAGGACGGUGUGCUCCAGUACAUGCUACAGAGCUGAGACAGACACUGGACGGGAGGCCUGGGGGCUGUACAGGGUUCACCACUUCAACAAGGUGGAGAUGUUUGGCGUCACAGCUGACGAGAGCGGUCAGGAGAGCGCAGAUCUGCUGUCGGAGUUUGUCUCCAUUCAGAAGGAGAUCUUCUCUGAGCUCGGGAUGCACUUCAGAGUGCUGGACAUGCCCACUCAGGAGCUGGGGCUGCCUGCCUACAGGAAGCUCGAUAUUGAGGCCUGGAUGCCAGGGAGGGGCAAGUUCGGAGAGAUCUCAAGCGCUUCUAACUGCACAGAUUAUCAGAGUCGCAGACUGCACAUCAUGUACCGUGGAGACAGCGAGGGGCUCAAGUAUGCACACACGGUGAAUGGGACUGCCUGCGCUGUUCCCAGGACUCUCAUCACUAUACUAGAGUCAAACCAGACCAAGGAUGGCAGUGUGAGAGUCCCUCAGGUUCUUCAAUCCUUCCUGGGCUCAGAGGUGAUUGAGAAACCCAAAUACAGCCCGCUGACAUACAUUGGACCGAACCAGCACCACCGGAGAGGAGACAAGAGCUGACCUGCUUAGACUAGGAACGCUGGGAGGAGGGCUAGACUGGGAAUGCUGGGCAGCUAGACUGGGAACGCUGGGGGGAGGACUAGACUGGAAAUGCUGGGCAGCUAGACUGGGAGCGCUGGGUGAGAGACUGGGAAUACUGGCUAGAGCAGCGCUGUUAGUGGGAUUUCUAUUCUUGUCUGUUUCAGAGACUUUGUUUCUGUAACCCCUUCCUGUUCAGUCAGCUUCACCUUGUCUGUGCCUUGUCGUGUAAAUAUGAAGUACUUUCACAAAUAAACACAAAUGUUGGUCAGAGA